AUGUGUGUUUCCUCUGCAGAAACCACUCUGUGUGGUGAAGAUGAGAGCCAGAGCAAAGGUCAGAGGAUCCAUCAGAGACUCGAACCAGAACCAGAACCAGAACCCAGCUGUGUGUCCUUUAGGAGCAACAGGUCAAAGGAUGACGUCAUCGACUUUAAAUCUCCUGGACCUCCACCAUCAGAGAGAGUGGACCAGGACCAGGACCAGCAGAGCUCAGAGGUUCCCAGGGGUCCGUCUGCCCAGCAGCUGGACUCCAUGUUUAAGCUGCUGGAGGACAACAUUGUCACUUUUGUGAAGAAAGAGCUGAAGAAGAUCCAGAACGUUCUGAGUCCAGAUGACCCAGAAUGUUCAGAGAGUCUAAGAGAUGAUGAUGAGGAGUUGGAAGGUGAUGAUGAAGACCAGAGGAGCAGCAGAAAGGCAGUGAUGAAGAUCAUACAGAACUUCCUGAGGAGGAUGAAGCAGGAGGAGCUGGUUGACCGUCUGCUGAGCAAACAUAUUGCUGCAGUUUGUGAACAUGAACUUAAAUCUGGUCUGAAGAAGAAGUUCCAGUGUGUGUUUGAAGGGAUUGAUAAAGCAGGAAGUCCAACCCUUCUGAACCAGAUCUACACAGAGCUCUACAUCACAGAGGGAGGGACUGGAGAGGUCAAUGAUGAACAUGAGGUCAGACAGAUUGAAACAGCAUCCAGGAAACCACACAGACCAGAAACAACAAUCCGACAAGAAGACAUCUUUAAAGUCCAACCUGGAAGCAAUCAACCAAUCAGAACAGUGAUGACAAAGGGAGUGGCUGGCAUUGGGAAAACAGUCUUAACACAAAAGUUCACUCUGGACUGGGCUGAAGACAAAGCCCACCAGAACAUCCAGUUCAUAUUUCCAUUCACUUUCAGAGAACUGAAUGUGCUGAAAGAGAAAAAGUUCAGCUUGGUGGAACUGAUUCAUCGAUUCUUUACUGAAACCAAAGAAAUCUGCAGCUUUGAGCUCUUUCAGGUUCUGUUCAUCUUUGAUGGCCUGGAUGAGAGUCGACUUCCUCUGGACUUCCACAACAAUCCGAUCCUGACUGAUGCUACAGAGUCCAGCUCAGUGGGUGUUCUGCUGACAAACCUCAUCAGGGGCAAACUGCUUCCCUCUGCUCUCCUCUGGAUAACCACACGACCUGCAGCAGCCAAUCAGAUCCCUGCUGAGUGUGUUGGCAUGGUAACAGAGGUCAGAGGGUUCAAUGAACCACAGAAGGAGGAGUACUUCAGGAAGAGAUUCAGAGAUGAGCAGCAGGCCAGCAGGAUCAUCUCCCACAUGAAGACAUCACGAAGCCUCCACAUCAUGUGCCACAUCCCAGUUUUCUGCUGGAUCACUGCUACAGUUCUGGAGGAUGUGCUGGAGAUCAGAGAGGGAGGAAAGCUUCCUAGCACCCUGACUGAGAUGUACAUCCACUUCCUGGUGGUUCAGACCAAAGUGAAGAAGGUCAAGUAUGAUGAAGGAGCUGAAACAGAUCAACACUGGAGUCCAGAGAGCAGGAAGAUGAUUGAGUCUCUGGGAAAACUGGCUUUUGAUCAGCUGCAGAAAGGAAACCUGAUUUUUUAUGAAUCAGACCUGACAGAGUGUGGCAUCGAUAUCAGAGCAGCCUCAGUGUACUCAGGAGUGUUCACACAGAUCUUUAGGGAGGAGAGAGGGCUGUACCAGGACAAGGUGUUCUGCUUCGUCCAUCUAAGUGUUCAGGAGUUUCUGGCUGCUCUUCAUGUUCAUCUGACCUUCACCAACUCUGGUGUCAACCUGAUGGAAGGAAAACAAUCAGCUAUCCCUACAUUGUUUCACAAAUCAAAAAUAAUAUCUCUACACCAGAAUGCUGUUGACCGGGCCUUACAGAGUUCAAAUGGACACCUGGACCUGCUGCUCCGUUUUCUGCUGGGACUUUCACUGCAGACCAAUCAGAGACUCCUACAAGGUCUGUUUACACAGACAGGAAGUAGCUCACAGACCAAUCAGAAAGCAGUUCAGUACAUCAAGAAAAAGAUAAAUGAGAAUGUGUCUGCAGAGAAAAGCAUCAAUCUGUUCCACUGUCUGAAUGAACUGAAUGAUCGUUCUCUAGUGGACGAAAUCAAACAGUCUCUGAGUUCAGGAAGUCUCUCCAGAGAUAAAUUGUCUCUUGCUCAGUUGUCAGCUCUGCUCUUCAUCUUAGUGUCAUCAGGAGAAGAUCUGGAUGAGUUUGAUCUGAAGAAAUACUCUGCUUCAGAGGAGGCUCUUCUGGGGCUGCUGCCAGCGGUUAAAGCCUCCAACAAAGCUCUACUGAGUGGCUGUAACAUCUCAGAGAGAAGCUGUGAAGCUCUGUCCUCAGUUCUCAGCUCCCAGUCCUCCAGUAUCAGAGAACUGGACCUGAGUAACAACAACCUGCAGGAUUCAGGAGUGGAGCUUCUUUCUGCUGGACUGGAGAGUCCAAACUGCAACCUGGAAACUCUCAGACUGAGUGGCUGUAACCUCUCAGAGAGAAGCUGUGAAGUUCUGUCCUCAGUUCUCAGCUCCCAGUCCUCCAGUAUCAGAGAACUGGACCUGAGUAACAACAACCUGGAGGAUUCAGGAGUGAAGUUUCUUUCUGCUGGACUGAAGAGUCCAAACUGCAACCUGGAAACUCUCAGACUGAGUGGCUGUAACCUCUCAGAGAGAAGCUGUGAAGUUCUGUCCUCAGUUCUCAGCUCCCAGUCCUCCAGUAUCAGAGAACUGGACCUGAGUAACAACAACCUGCAGGAUUCAGGAGUGAAGUUUCUUUCUGCUGGUCUGGAGAGUCCAAACUGCAAACUGGAAACUCUCAGACUGAGUGGCUGUAACCUCUCAGAGAGAAGCUGUGAAGUUCUGUCCUCAGUUCUCAGCUCCCAGUCCUCCAGUAUCAGAGAACUGGACCUGAGUAACAACAACCUGGAGGAUUCAGGAGUGAAGUUUCUUUCUGCUGGUCUGAAGAGUCCAAACUGCAACCUGGAAACUCUCAGAUUGUCAGGUUGUCUGAUCUCAGAGGAAGGCUGUGCUUCUCUGGCCUCAGCUCUGACCUUUAACCCCUCCCAUCUGAGAGAGUUGGACCUGAGCUACAAUCAUCCAGGAGACUCAGGAGUGAAGCUGCUGUCGGCUGGACUGAAGGAUCCAAAGUGGAGACUGGAAACUCUCAGGUAUGGAGGACAGAGAGUCUAACAGGAAACAGAUCCCAACACCUCAGUGAGCCUCUGGCUGGAUUUACAUGAUGAUGAUUUAAUGUGUUAAAUCUUCUCAAGCCAAUUUGCAGACCAAUCAAUUAAUCAAGUUUCUUUGUAUAGUAUCAGUAAUAAGAUAGUUCAGUGUGAUUUAUAUAAUAAAAACACAAAGAAAUGUUACAUUUUUCAAAGUGCUUCAUUACACAUCAAAAUGUUGAUUCAUGUUUCAUUUAUUGUGGCACAAAAUCAACUUUAACCAGCAGGUUUUACUCUACAAUCACAGGAUCUCAGUGUUUCAGCUGUUUUACAGUUUUCUGAAAGUUUGUUC